AUGGACAUUUCUCGUUUGAUGGUGCAUGCUCAACAAUUUGAGGAGGGUAGUCUUAAGAGGAAGAAUAGAGAUACUAAGAGGGCAAGGUCCUACAAAGGAGGUACUUCUAAGGGUAAGUUGGAAAUUCAAGACAAACCUAAGUUCAAGAGGAGGUUCUCCAAUCAAGUUCCUUCAAAUUUCCCCAAGGCUAUCAAGGAUAGGGUGUCUAACCCUAGAUCUCAAAGGGGAAGAGGUGGUGAUUCUCCAAUAGAGAAACCUACUUGUACCAAAUGUGGUGAGAAACAUAUGGGUGAAUGUCUAGUUGGAACGGAUAAUUGCUUUGGCUGUGGAAAGAGUGGUCACAAUGUGAGGGAUUGUCUCAUGAUUAAAGCUCAAGUAAAGGAGAGUAAUCAAGAACAAGCAAGUGCUCCAAAUUCCAAUGCUCCUAAGAAGAACCACUUCUAUGCUCUCCGUUCUAGGGGUGAUCAAGAGGAAUCUCUCGAUGUUGUACCGGUAUGUUACAAGUGUUUUCCAUUAAUGUCUAUGUUUUACUAG